CCUCAGUACGAUGGCCGCUUCAGAGACGCAGCUCUAUGUGGACAAGCAUGUCGCAUACAUCAAGUCCUUGGGAGAUAACAAGGAUGACCUGACAUACCAUAUGACGGCGCACCUGCGCAUGAACGCGAUCUACUGGGGUCUGACUGCGUUAUGUAUAAUGGGACACAAAGAGGCUCUGGACAGGGAGGAGAUGAUUGACUUUGUGAUGAGCUGCUGGGACGACGAGGCAGGAGGCUUUGGCGCCCAUCCCGACCAUGACGCCCAUCUCCUCGCGACUACGAGUGCCAUCCAGAUCCUAGUCACCCAUGACGCGCUAGAUCGCGUGGAUAAAGCGAGAGUUGCUAGACUGGUUAUUCUAUCACUCCAACAACCGUCUGGUGUCUUUGCUGGCGACUCUUUCGGCGAGAUCGACACGCGAUUUUCCUACUGCGCUGUCAACUCGCUAUCGCUCCUUGGUUGCUUGUCCGACUUGGACGUGGAGAAGACAGUCUCAUAUAUCCGUGCGUGCAGAAACUAUGACGGAGGCUUCGGAAACUGCAUCGGCGCUGAGACCCAUGCGGGUCAAGUGUUCGUGUGCGUCGCCGCACUGGCGAUAUUAGAUCGGCUGGACGAGGUGGACCACGAGACAUUGGGAUGGUGGUUGGCAGAACGCCAGCUUCCAAAUGGCGGACUGAAUGGCAGGCCAGAAAAGCUUGAGGAUGUCUGUUACAGUUUCUGGUGCUUAUCAGCGAUGUCUAUACUGGAUAAGCUGUCGUGGAUCGACUCGGACAAGCUGAUUUCCUUCGUCUUAUCUGCCCAAGAUUCCGAAGGUGGAGGGAUCGCUGAUAGGCCGGGAGAUAUGGUGGAUGUUUUCCACACUCAUUUCGGCAUUGCUGGUCUAUCCUUACUGGGAUAUCCGGGGUUAAUCGACCUCGAUCCUGUGUAUUGCAUGCCUGCACACAUAAUAGAAGCGAUGGGCUUACGGAAGGGGUGGAAAGCCUUGCCCCGUAGGAAAACGUGAUUCUCUGGUACUUAUCUCCACCCGGUCUCUUUACAGUUCGUACUGGUAUCUGCAAUCCAUAAAUUCGCUCCUGUAAAUAUCUAUAAGAUCAAUGUAUUUAAUUCUCC